ACACUAAUACUGAUUUCGGCUUGUAAAGUUGCUACACUUUCUGUUAUCUGAGGGAAGGUUUUCGUGUUUCGAAACCCAGAGACCCAGUAGAAAUCUAAAGAAGAAAAUUUCCAUCUCUCAACCCCCUCUUCUCUCUUGUAAACAGUCCACUCAGAAAGACACCUACUCGGUAUACUUGCCAGGCAUUUGUGUUUGGGGUCGGCACUAAAAGGCUGUAAGUGGUCAGAGAGAUAAUGUUGGCAGAUCUGGAUCAAUCUUGCAAACGUCUGGAAAGUGUUCCGUUUUACCCUCCACCCCACCCCCCUCCUUUACAGCGGCCCUAAGUUUUGAUUUGUCUCUAAACUGAGUGGCUGUUUUACGCUUGUGGGAUAGGCUGGGCCAGUGCACUCGGUCUUCGCUGCCGCUGUGCCACAUCAACUGAUAGUCUCUGUGGUAAACCCUGAUACAGUAGUUAGAAUUCUCCCCCUGCCCUUGAGGUACAUGGCGAAGAGCCUAUGUUGGUUGCUACUUCCUCAGGACCAGACCACUUUUUUCUGGAGGGGGGAGGUUUCACAAGGAGUCGUGAAAACACGCAGGCAUUUGUUAGGGAGUGGAAAUACUGCUCCGAAGCCUCGGCUAGCGCGAACCACAAAGAAGUGUGGGGAGGCGGAGUCGCACAAGGCCAAAAAUAUAAUUGGGGUCGGGUGGACAUCCCUAGUGUGUUAUGGUUUGUUCUCUUCUCGCUUCACUCGACAACUGGAGAAGAGUGGGAAAGGUUGAUGCGGAUUGGAUCACACCGCAGCCGCAGGGGAGAGAGGGAACGAGAGCGCUGCACCCAGCAGACGACACUCGUCAAUCUUUUCUUCAUGACAUUAUAAACAGUUGAUGUAACAAUGGUACUAAUACUGGGACGCAGAAUGAACAGAGGGGAUAGCCGGGCUCAGGAAUCCCGAGUAACCAAACGUAAAGUUUUUGAAAUGGACCCAAAGUCUUUAUCAGGUCAUGAGUUCUUUGAUUUCUCUUCUGGAUCAUCCCAUGCUGAAAGCAUACUGCAAAUCUUCAAUGAAUUUCGUGACAGCCGCUUGUUCACAGAUGUAAUAAUAUGUGUUGAAGGCAGAGAAUUUCCCUGUCAUCGAGCUGUUCUUUCAGCCUGCAGUAGUUAUUUCAGAGCUAUGUUUUGUAAUGAUCAUCGAGAAAGCAGAGAGAUGUUGGUAGAAAUCAAUGGAAUUUUUGCAGAAGCUAUGGAUUGCUUUUUACAAUAUGUGUAUACAGGCAAGGUAAAAAUCACAACAGAGAAUGUACAAUACCUCUUUGAAACAUCAAGUCUCUUUCAGAUAAGUGUUUUGCGUGAUGCUUGUGCUAAGUUCCUGGAAGAGCAACUGGAUCCUUGCAACUGCCUAGGAAUCCAGCGUUUUGCUGAUACACAUUCUCUGAAAACACUCUUUACCAAAUGCAGAAAUUUUGCACUGCAGAAUUUUGAGGAUGUGGCCCAACAUGAAGAAUUUCUUGAACUAGGUAAAGAUGAACUAAUUGAUUAUAUUUGCAGUGAUGAACUGGUAAUCAGUAAAGAGGAGAUGGUUUUUGAAGCAGUCAUGCGCUGGGUUUAUAGGGCUGUUGAUCUCAGACGCUCAGUGCUACAGGAAAUUCUCACACAUGUCAGACUGCCUUUGUUACACCCCAACUACUUUGUUCAGACUGUGGAAGUGGACCAGCUGAUCCAAAACUCCCCUGAGUGUUAUCAGCUGCUGCAUGAAGCAAGAAGAUACCAUGUACUUGGAAACGAAAUGAUGUCCCCAAGAACUAGGCCACGGAGAUCGACUGGCUAUUCCGAAGUGAUAGUUGUUGUAGGAGGCUGUGAAAGAGUUGGGGGAUUUAAUUUGCCAUACACAGAAUGUUAUGACCCCAUGACAGGAGAGUGGAAAUCGCUGGCUAAAUUGCCAGAAUUUACAAAGUCGGAGUAUGCAGUUUGUGCUCUGAGGAAUGAUAUCCUUGUUUCAGGUGGAAGAAUCAACAGCCGUGAUGUGUGGAUUUAUAAUUCUCAGCUUAACAUUUGGAUCAGAGUUGCAUCUCUAAAUAAAGGGAGAUGGCGUCAUAAGAUGGCUGUCCUUCUUGGUAAAGUAUAUGUAGUUGGAGGAUAUGAUGGACAAAGUCGACUGAGCAGUGUAGAGUGUUAUGACUCAUUUUCCAAUCGAUGGACAGAGGUAGCUUCUCUUAAAGAAGCAGUGAGUUCUCCAGCAGUUACCAGCUGUGUGGGCAAAUUGUUUGUGAUAGGUGGAGGUCCUGAUGACAACACAUGCUCUGAUAAGGUUCAGUCAUAUGAUCCUGAUACUAAUUCUUGGCUACUCCGUGCAACAAUCCCCAUUGCGAAGAGAUGUAUAACGGCUGUAUCACUAAACAAUCUCAUCUAUGUUGCGGGAGGGCUCACAAAGGCAAUUUAUUGUUAUGAUCCAGUUGAAGAUUAUUGGAUGCACGUGCAGAAUACAUUCAGCCGACAGGAAAACUGUGGCAUGUCUGUGUGUAAUGGAAAAAUCUAUAUCCUUGGUGGGAGGCGAGAAAAUGGGGAAGCCACAGAUACCAUUCUUUGUUAUGAUCCUGCAACCAGCAUCAUCACAGGAGUAGCAGCUAUGCCCAGGCCAGUCUCAUACCAUGGCUGUGUGACUAUUCACAGAUACAAUGAAAAGUGCUUUAAAUUCUAAAAAGAGAAGAGUGUGUAAAUACAAAAUAAGUGGCAUGUUACAAUCGGGAUUUUAAAGCUGCCUUUUCAAAAGUACCAUCUGGAAAGAAACAACUUUGUACUUCUUGCUUUUUCAAUUUUAUAAAGUGAAUUCAAAUGUAACUGUUAAAUGUUUUCAGUAACUACAGUUCAGUGAUUUUUCCCCCCAGAGUAAUCCUAACCCCUGAUCUGCACUGUUGCUGGGGGUUAGGAUACAAUAGAGGUUUUCUCUGUUGGCCUCUGCUGCCACAAAGGCUAUCGUUGACACCCACUGAAAGUGCAGCAGAGCAGUGCUACCACCAACAGUACUGUCAUAAGGCUCCAAAAUGGGUGGGGGUAGAAAAGGGCCAGCAAUGGAUCCAAAGCUGACAGAUUUCAUGGCGAGGGACCUUAUUUGAGCCCUUCAGCUGCACCAUCUUGGAGCUGGUGCAGCAAAAAUGUUGAAAAUUAACUGCUUCCAUUUUCUGUCCUGGCCAGCCCAAGCAGUAGUUCUGCAAAUACUCCAUUCUGCCCUGCUGCUCCCUGACCAUGGUUAGCAUUGCUCUGUCCUGACAUGUUCUGAUUUGAAAGCAAUAACAAUUUAUAUUAGUAAAUUAGAUCAUGUUCUCUUCUGUAUUACCUCUAAAACAAAACUCCUUGGAUUUGGGGUGUGCUGCAGGGCCUUUGGAAGUAUUCAUUCCUAUUUUAUAUGAAGCGUUAUUUGCAUAUUUUCAUACCUUAUUUGUGGUAAGUACUGUUAACAACUUUACUGUUGCAGAGACAUAUACAUUUGAGUUCAUAACUGUGGAAUGCUCUUGGAAGAUUUAAAUAACUUUAACAUAAUGUGUUGUCGUUAUUAACAUGAUAGAUCCCUCAUAAGUACUACUUUAAAUAUAUAUAUAUAUUGAUACAGCACCAUAUGUAUAGGGACAUUCAGUUAAGAAAGCACACAAAUUUUGUAUGAUUUCAAUACAAUCAUGCGAUUUUUUGAAUUUUACUUCUACAUCAAAUGUUGAAUCUUCUUGGUUCUCCCUUGAGUGUUCAGAAUCCUCACUUGAAGUCUAUCUGAGCACUGCUAUCCUCAAGUCACAAUUGUCCACUAGAAAUGUUCUAUAGAACCUAUGACGUUUUUCCUCUGGUUAACAUUAAAUAGACUCUCUUAUUUCUACUGCACAGUGUGCUUGAAUUCAGUGGUGUUGUUUACUGAUCACAGAUAACAGCUUCAAGGAAAUAAAUCUAGGGGUAGGGAGUUUUUGAUUUAUUAUGACAGUAUCUUUAGGACUAGUAAGUAAACAAGCAGUUGAUUAAUAACAAGUAGUGGAUGUUUUCUUUCUUUAAUGGAGUAGGCAGUGUGGCUAGUUCUGAAGCUUUGGCAGUUACCAGAUUUUACUUUAGCACUCCCUAAUAUACAGCAUAGGUAAACCUGAUACAGUUAUUCAUGUCUCCAGUGAAGACUGUCUCUAUUAUUUCUGGUCACAGAAUAAGUAAAUAUACAUGUAAUUGUCACUGGGAAUUGACACUCCACUUCAGUUAUGCUGUAUUUUGUUAUGGUCAACUGCCUGUGAUGAACACAAAACAAUAACCCAUUUGCUGCAAAUGAUAAAUAACUGAGGUGGAUACACAGAGCAGACAAAAUUAAUUAUGUCAACACAUCUGAUACAAGAAAAAGUCUACUAUGCUGUAUUACACUGUAAUUUUAAUUUGUUCUGGAAAUUAAUUUUAAUUUCCUGAGCCUUAUUUUGACAAAUUUACUACCUGUAACAUGUGGUAAACUUUGAAUACUACAGUUCUUUCCAGGGCACUGUGUAUCAUGAUCAUGUAAGCCAAUGCAUACCUUCCCAUUUUUAUGCACCUCCUUUUUUCGUUUUACAUUGUUCAUCCAAGCUAUACUAGCUGUAUUGCAAGACUUAUUCUUCAUUAAACUGACAUUUCAGUUUUACGUAAAAUAGAUUAUCAAGCAGUGACUAACACAAUGGUCCUUACAAUUAUGUAAUCUGGAACAUUCCAAUCAAUGCAAUUAUUAAGCAGUAAGUAGUUUGAGAUUUGUGGCCUUGGUAUCUCUUAUUUAAAAGAUCUGUUUGGUUAGGCGGUUGUUGAACCAUUUUUUGAUUUUAAAAAGAAUAUGGCUCAAAUUUAGUGAUUCACUGAGUGCUUUUUCAUAUGACUGUUUUGAGCCUUUCAUAUUCUGACUAUAGAUGCAACUACAAGGUUGUAGCAUUGCCUAUGUUUCUGUUAUUGGGCUAUUGUGCUACUACUGUUCACUAGAUUACAUGUUUUAUGUAGUGAACAUUCAAUGUUAAUUGUAUGAAUGAGCAAUACUAUAUAUUAACCAAAGAUUCCAUUUCUCUGAUCAACAUUUUUUUCAACAUGACAUAAAAUAGAAUGCAAAAAAGGAUGACAUGGCAAUGCUCCUUUGAAUGUGUACACAUUUAAAAGAAACAGUUCACAAGUGACAUACUAGAUGAUUUACUGGCUGGUGCCCAAUAGCUUUUUUUUCAUGGCCUCUAUUUUGGAGACAACAAUGAGCUUGGUUUGACAUUGGGCCAUGCAUAGAUAGUUUGUUCUGCAUUUUUGCCUGUUUUCUUCUGACAUUGGAUACUAGGAGCCACUAGUCUGGAAGCACUCAUAAUCACUGCUUCCUUAGGGCUGCAGUUCUGUACAUGCUUAUGUGGAAUAAAGCUUCAUUGAACAUAAUGGGACUUGCUUCUGAAUAGACAUGUAUAGGAUUUCACUGCCAAUCAGCUUUGCAACAUCAUCAAUUUGGGACACUUUUAGGAUGCUAGUUAAUAAAAAGCUCCCAUUUGUAGUUGUGAAUAAAUGAAGCUGCUAUUAGCUAUUUGAAAAUGGUACUUAUGCAUAUCAGGCACCUGCUUAUAUGCCAGAAUAAGCAAUGAUGGCUAUCUGGAGGAAAUUAACUUUACUGACUUUAUAUGUACAGUAGUUUAUUCUAUUCUAAUUCCCUUGCAUGUUCUCCCUGCUUAGAAUCUAUUUCUACUUUAAGUAGAAUUCACAUGGACAAACUCAUUGGAGAAAAACAGCUGCAUGUUUUACGGUAAUUUGCAUUCUCUAGCAUGAGUUUUUUUAUAUUAUUUUGCUUGAACUCGACUGAGUUCUCCUGUUUUGCUGUGCUGGGUCUCCCUCUUUUUUUCUUAUCCAGCUCAUCUCUCAUCUCUGGCCUUCACUUUGAUGCUACCACAUAGCUUAUUCUUCAGGGAACCUGAUACUGUGUAUGUUGCUUCAGUCCCAAGAAGCAAAGUGGGACUUCUUCCCAUGUAAGUGUGUGUAUAAGAGAUUAUACCCUUAAUAUAUUAGCAGCUGCCUUGAUCUGCAUUGUUUGUUUGCUGUGCCUUCACCCCAAUCCUGAUUGUGAUCUAGAUGUGGACACACAAUAAGACUAUCCACUGCCUAAUAAUGGUUAAACCGUAUUUCAUUUGUAGAAUGGGCACACAAGUAAUCUGUAAGCCCCAAUAGCUUAGUUGUACUUCUGUAGCUUCAUCAAGACUGCAGACUCUACCUCGUCAGUUGGGGAUCCUAAGAGCAUAUCCCAUUCCUGAGAGAUCAUAUAUUUGCUUUGACUCUUUCUUUCUCAACACAGCUUGCACUGGUAUUUUGACUUUUGAUAUGCAGAAGUAAAAUACUAAAACUGGUGAAAAUAGGAUAAAACAAUGAAAGGAUAUUUAUUACACAUGAAGUAAUACUCUCAAGAAUCAUGUGUUUCAUUUUCUAGUUGAAAUCAAAUAUAUGUUUAUCUAAUCCAGUGAUACCAAGGUAAGUAAAAAAAAUAGUUGAUGUAUUCAAAUGUCCUAAGAACGAAGAUAGUUGUGAAAAGAAUAAGAUUUGGCAAAUGACAAGUCCUAGGUCCUAUAAAUAAGGACCAUUGUUGAUUAAUAUGGCAAAUAAUUGUUAGGAAAGAUAGCGAUGAUCUAUGAUCUAAUCAAGUUCUGUGGGAUUUUUUUCUGCUGUAUGCUUAUGUUAACAUUUUCUUCUGAAUAGUAUGUGCCUGUUCUGUAAAUACACUUGGCGUUUUAUGGCUGUAAAACAGCAUCCCAGAUACACUUUGUGAUUUCAUCUUGGUUUUUUACUAUUUUUAGAGUUUUUUUCUGUUUAUUAAAUUUGAUACAGAUAAUUGUAUCAGUAAAUAGGGAGGGUGAGAUACUAAAUAAUUUUGUGUACAGUCAAUCAAGCUUCUACAAAGUAUGCUAAAUGUCAAAAUGCAAUAUAUAUGUAGGCAAUUUUUUUAAGUGAUCAAUUUUAUAUACUUGACAAAAUGUAUUUACAGCACAAGCCGAUACUUCUGUGUACUCAGAAGUAAGUCUUACUGAGCAGUGGGGCUUAUUCCUAGCUAAAUAGGUAUAAGAUAACAACCUUAGUUUUAGCUGUAUCCCAUUGUCAGACAUCUCUCACAACAGUUCUUGGACCCUUGUAAAUUUACUUCAUUUGAGAGGGAUUCAAAAACUGAUUUGUUAAAAGAAUCAUCAUAAUGUAAAACUAUUUUACUAUACUUUAUCUGCAUGCAAAAUGAAAAUAAUGUCUAUUUGUCUUUCAAUAAAUAUUCUCACAGUGGUUUCAUAAAGCAAAAUGUAUUCAUGUUCAUUCACUGAGUUGUGCUAGCUGCAAUUUUUUCUUGUCCAAAUUAUAAAUUCACACUACCAAUUGAGUGAAGAAACAGGUGUUACAUUAACAAUUUAGAUAAUGAAAUGAAACCAUUUUCAUAAAGGAUUCUACGUCAAAAGGAGCCAGAUUCUAUCUGGGCUUCCAUUUCUCUAAAACGUGCAGUCUGGGAAACAAAAAAAAUUGCACCCAAAAUUUAAGAUAAGUGCCUCAUUAGCAAGUCUAAUACAUUGUUUUAUAGAAUAUCAUGUAUACCACAGGAGGGCAGACUUCAGACUUAUUAUGAGAUGUUUGUUUUUUACUAGAACCCCAAACUCCUACAACCAGAACCAGAUGCAAGAUAGUGGUUUGGGGUGGGGGCAAUUUGAGAGAUAUACACUUAGAAUUAAGGAACAAGGCACCUUGAGCACAUGCUUAGCCCAGAAAUUUGUUCUUAGUCCCAAACUGAACUCAUAGUCCUUUCACAGAAAACUCUGUUCCUAGUUUCCUCCCAAGCUUUCUUAAUUUCAGCAGUCUAAUUUAAAAUUGAGAGAAAACCUUUAUGUUGAUGUUACGAGACAACUGGAAAGUGGAAAUCCUUGCUGAUCUACUGCAAAUCAUCCAAUUAUCUACUGGUUUACUUCCUGUUAAUCCCGCUGUACACUGUCACUUUUAAAUGUCCUGAAAAGGUUGCUUUCACAAGACUUUCAGAUUUAGCAAUUUGACUUGGGCAUACAGUGAGUUAGGUUGGUAGGGUUUAAAUUAGAUUCUUACAUGGGAUUUCCCUUAUAAUUGACAAACAAGUUUCUUAGUAUUUUUUUAAUCAGUUAAAAGUUCUCAAAUAGGCCAGCAUUCCUUUCCAAUUCACUUAAGGGGUUCAGUUAAUUGUUGUCAGUACUGCAGGAUAAAUGGCAGCUAACCUUUUAUGAAACUCACCAUGUGAAAUCUUGCAGUUAUAAGUCGAAGAUUAGAUCUAGUGACAACAGUUUUAAUAAUCAUCACUCAUUGAUGUGCUUUAUGAACGCUUUGCCCUACGUUUGAGUCAUUUUCAGAACUGUUAACAUUUAAUUUAUAUUCUUGUAAUACUCAAGUGAUUCAGUCAAUAUUUUAAUGUUAUGCGUAUGUAUUUAUAAGUAUGUGUGAUUUGUUUUGGCAAUCAUUUUAUAAUAAUAAAAAUGAUCAUUUAGAAAUUACACAUUUAACGCUACUAUGUAAGGGUCAUGUAGCAGUGAGGGUGAAAAGCAUGUGAUUGUAGUUUAUUUUGUAUAAUUAAUUCAGAGAAUAGAUAGUCUGUAUGUUUGUAAACAAAUCUAUUCUUAAUAUAAUCUUUGCAAUAAAAUUAAAUUCUGAAUAAAUAUUA